AAGAUCGCACGCGCUCUUCCGCCCGGGCUCGCGGUCAGUAAUAAUCGGCUUCUAAGUGGGGCGGGCACGCUCGGUCCCUUUGCGCAGGCGCAGCCCGAGGUCCCCGUGGCGGUAUGCUGGCUCAGCACGUCUCGCGUGUCCGCUCCUUGUAUCGGCGCAUCUUGCUGCUGCACCGGGUCCUGCCCCCAGACCUCAAAGCUCUUGGCGACCAGUACGUGAAGGACGAAUUUAGGAAACACAAGACCGUUGGUUCUGACGAGGCCCAUCGUUUCUUGCAGGAGUGGGAGGUGUAUGCUGCAGUGCUAUGGCAACAAGCUAAGGAAAACAGACAAAAUUCAACUGAAAAAGCAUGUUUUGGAGCUGCCCUGCCAGAAGAAAAACUUAAUGACUUUCGUGAUGAACAAAUAGGACAGUUGCAGGAGCUGAUGCAAGAAGCCACUAAACCCAAUAAACAAUUUAGUAUUACUGAGUCCAGGAAACCAAAAUUUUAGUCUCUACAAUGAAGCUUAACAAAUCAUUUUAAGUUCAGAACCUCUUAACUAUCAUUGGUGUUUAAAAUUUAUUUCUUUAGCUUUUAGGCUUUUAGAAUGUCCAGUGUUAAUGGAAUAUUCUUUUAUUUGAAGAUAUUGAUAUUAUAAAUGCUGUCUACACUACAUAGAUCAGGAGUUCUAGUGGCUAAAAGUGUAUCAAAGUAACACUCUUGCUGGAUGACAUCUAGUUUUUGGACUAAAGAAAGAAUGGCUCUAAAAUGGACAAGCUUGUGGAAUUUUGCUGAAGUUUUAAAAAUAUAUGUUGUUUUUAACACUUUCAUUCAAGCGUUACCCUCAUGGCUUUAGCUUCAUCAGAAAAGUAUGUCAUGAUACAUAGGGAAAUGCAAACAAGGUUAUUAUUUAAAUAUAUCGUCAUCCUGAAAGUUUCAUUAUUUCUAUUUUAAAUGUUCCUUCUCCUUGAGUCAUUAUUUAAAACGAAAGGUUAAAAAGAAGCUUUACGAUUCAGCAUUUUAUGAUCUAUAUUACAAAUGAUAGUAUAAUACAUUUCUAUAGUUACAGAUGACCCCUUCAAUUAAAUAAUUUGUAGUUACCUUAAAAAUCUCAUUUAUGUAAGAAAAGUUUAUCAGUCUUUAAGUUGAUAUGUAAACCAAAAAAAAUGAAAAAAUGAAAUGGUAAUGCCAUUAACAGCUUAAAAUGAUUUGUAUCAUUAGUUAUGUAGUUUUACUCUGAGAUUAUGAAGUGGUUUUCAGAUGCAAUUGGAUUUAUGUCAGCUCUUUAAAAAGUGAUUUGUAUUUACUGUAUUUUGCUGACUCAGGCAUGCUCUUUGUAUAUGGCUGCUUGGCCCUUCAGUACUUUUUUCCAUCCCUCCUUUGAGUUAGUCAAUCAAUAAUUAGUCUCUAGAUUAUCACAGGCUCCAGGAAUACAAUAAUGAAUAAGAUAAAACUCUUGCCCUCAAGAAGUUGGAAGUCUAGCAGCGCAUUCAGGAGCCCUGUUUCAUCAUGAACAAGUACAGUACUAUUUUUGUCAUCAUCUUGACUAAUAGAAACCUAGCACUGGUGGGGACACUGCUUCUGUGGGUCUUGUGAAGUGAGAUUUUGGAUCUUUUUACAAGUCCAUGUAACUUAGAACCCCUUCCUAUUGUCCCUUUCAACCCAUCACUAUGCCACCAUCACUUAAUUCUUUCAUUUGGUUAUAUGUCUCUUUUUGUUCUUUGGCAGCUGGCUAAUACCUCUCCAUUUCAAAUUUCACCAUCCUUUUUGGUGGGCCUUAGUGCUAAACCAUGUGGUUGGGUGACUUAUCCUGAUGGUUCAUUAUUCACUUUCACUUACUCAACCAAGUGGAAUCUGACACAAUUGAAUUUUGGGGACAUAUAUGGGCAAUGUGUAUUAAAAUUUAUAAAUUAUUGUACCUUUUGAACCCAUUACGUCUAUGUCUUGGAUUCUACCCCAAGGAAAAAAUUGAGAAAUGUGGACAGAGUUUUUCAUAUAAACAUGUCAUUAGAAUUGGUCUUUAAGAGAGUGAAAAUUUGAGAACAGUGAAUUCUGCAGAUGUUGGAAUGGUUAAGUGAGUUGUGAUAUCAUGUAUAAUUAAUUUAAAUUUAGGUUUACAAAGAGUUUAUAAUGACAUAGGAAAUUUCCUGACCUUGGUAAGUGAGAAUAGGAUGCUAGAAAAUACAUAACAUUUUCACAAAGAUGUUAGAUUUUCUUUUCAGUAUGUGGCAGACUAUGUUAAUCAGAGAAAUUCUGCUGAAAAUUAAACUUUUAGGUAAAACAUAAAAGCAUUUUGAUAAGUAUUCAGGAGUUGGCAAUACCCUUAGGUAUUAAGUAGUUACAAGGGCAUUAUCUAAGUGAAACUGCUGAAGCCUCAAUUGUCCUGAGGGUGAAUUUCAGCUUUGGUGUUGUGGGGCCUUUGGAGCACUGUGAGCAGAAGACAAAGCAUAGAGCCUACAUGAGGUGGAGAAAACCAGCCCCGAAGGAUGUACCUUCAGGGUAAGAGUGAGCCAGAAACAAACCUGCUCCAGUAUUUGGUGCAAAAUUGUAGACCACCCGAAAUUCGAGUCAUCUGGGUGCUAAAACAAGCAAAACUUAAACUUUAUAAUGAGCCAGAACCCGCACCUGGCAGAUGUGAAGAAAUCUUGGAGGAUGCCAAAUCUUCUAUUGUGGCAUUGAACAAUUUUCCUAGGAAGUGAAUGCCUCGAGUUUAAGCAAACACCACAGGGAACACUAACACCACGAAUGAAAGGCAGCAAAGACCACCAGAAAACACCCUUGGAAUUAGCACAUAUAUAUUAUAAAACUUCUGUUUAAAUGUUUGAAAAAAUAUAUAUGAAAUAAACAUUAUAAGAACUGACCUAGCAUGUUUGAAAAAGAACCAAAUGGAAGUUCUAGAAAUGGAAAGUAGAAUAACUAAAAAAUGGAAAAUAUAUAAACCAAUAGGCAGGUUUUACCAAAAGAGUAAAUGGGCCUGAAAACCAAAUUAAUGACUGCAAAAUAGGACAUAAGAAAUUAUCCAGAAUGUAGCAUAGAAAAAUAACUUGAAUAAAUGAAAUGGUGGAGGUUAAAACAAAAGGGUCUAAGGUAUAGCUAAUGAGAGUUUCAAAUAGAUAAUGGGGCAGAGGCAAUAUUUGAAGUGAUAAUUGCUGAGAAUGUUUCAAAUCAAUGAAAAAUGCCAGUCUACAGAUUUAUUCCAAGCAGGAUAAAUAUGAAAUCCUUACUUAGAUAAACCAUAGUGAAACAGUAAAAUGCUAGAAUCAAACACAAAAGUAGCCAAAAGUCACAGGUAACCUUCAAAUCAACAUCAGCUAGAAUUUUCUUUAGCUGACUGCUCAACAGCAAUAAUGAAGCCAGAAACCAGCUGAAUGACCAUUAUAACUUCCAACUUAAAAUUCUAUAUUCAGCAAUAUUUAUCAAGAGUGAUUGUGGAAAAGACAGUUUUAGACAACAAAACAUGAGCAAGGUUGCCACCUGCAGGUUCUUAUUAGAGGCAAUUCUCAAGGAUGCGCUUUAUAUAGUAGGAAGUAUGAAAGGGAAUAAGGGACUGAGAUGACUGUAGAUGUGGCUUAAAUGUUCAUUUUAUGAAACGAUGUUUCAUGGGGAUAAGAAAUGAGACAUUUAAAAUAUACAAAAAUAACUAUACAAAUUGGUAGGGUAGUAAUUGGAAUAAAGAAUAGAGACCAAUUAAUUCAAGCAUAAAUGUGAAUUCUAGUGUAUUACUCAUUGCUAUAUAAAAAGCACUAAAAUGGCCUUAUUUUUAUAUACAUAAAUGGAACUUUUAACUUCCAAGCUAAUAGAGGGGACAAAUGAAACAGGAAAAAAAAAUCACUGUUCUAAAAUAAGGAGAGUAAAGAGAAAAAGAAACAUAGAAGGCAAAGAAUAAAUAGAAAAAAGUUGAGAUGAUAGAUAAAACUGAAAUAUGUCAGUAAUUUCAUUGGACAAAAUGGGCUAACUUAGCCAGUGGAAGUCAGAUUGUUAAACUGAUUGCAAAGUGGAAACAAUUAUAUGCUGUUUUAAGAGACAUACAGCACAUGUAAAUUAAAGCAUAAAAUACAGAAAGUUUGAAGAUAAACUGAAGGUAAAAGUUAUACAAAAAAAGUAUGCUGAUAUUAAUAUCUGAAAAUUGUUAAAGCAGAAACAUUGCUAGAGAUAAAGUAACUUCACAUAAUGAAAUGUUCAACUCACUAGGAGGAUUAUUUAAAAUUGAUAAUUACCUGGGAAAUAAGUCAUUAAGCAGUUCCAUAUUUUAGCAGGUUAACACAGUUCCAAAUAACCCAUGAAUCAAUCAAGAGAUCUUAAUGGAUCCUAAAAUAUAAGUGGAACUGAAGAUUAGUGAAAUGCUUAAAGUUUAUGAGUUGUAGCUGAAGUAGUUGGAGGAAAUGGAUAGCCUUAAAUGUGUCUAGCGUAAAGAAAGGCUGAAUAUCAAUGAGAAAAACACUUAUCUUAAUAAGAAAACCAGCAAAAAAAUAAUCUGAAAGGGAAUGGAAGGAAAUAAAGGUUAGAGCAGAAAGCAAUAAAAAAAAAUUGUGAAGUUAUUCUUUGAAAAGACUCUGAAGACAGAAACCAGCCUCUGGCAAAGUUAAGGAAAGGGGGCAGGCACAUACAACAUUAGGAGUGAAAACAGCAGACAUACUGUUGUGGCAUUAAACAGAUACAAUACUAUGAAAUUAAAGACAAUGUUUAUUUAAUGUGUAGAAGAAAUGGACAUAUUUUCAGAAAUACAGAACUUACUAAAAGCUAGACAAAAGAAUGUUUCUGUAGCCAUUAAAUUAAUUGAAACAAUAUUCCUUAAAAGGACAUUCCAGACCCCAAAAAUGUUCUUUGGUGAAUACUGCCACGUAUUUAGGAAAUAAUUCCAAACUUAAACAAGCCCUUCCAGAGAAAACAAAAUAAGGGAUACUCUGUAACUCAUUUUAUAAGACCAGCAAAUACCUGAUACCAAAUGUGAUAUGAGAAAAGAAAAUUCCAGGCCCAUUUCACUUAGGAACAUAGAUGCAAAAUCCUAAACUAAAUAUUAGUAAGACAAAUCCAGUAUAGAUGAUUCAUCAUGGCCUACUCAGGUUUAUGUCAGGAACCCAAAGUUGUUUUUACAUUAGGAAGUCAAUUACAGGCAUACAUUAUUUUUAUUGUGCUUCCCAGGGCCUGCAUUUUUUACAGAUUGAAGGUUUGUGGCAACUCUGCUUUAAGCAAGUCUAUUGGUGUCAUUUUUCUAACAUAAUUUUCUCACUUUGUGCCUGUUUGUCACAUUUUGGUAAUUCUCAGUGUUUCAAACUGUUUCAUUAUUAUUUGUGUUAUAGUGAUCAGUGAUCUUUGAUGCUACUAUUCUAAUUGUUUUGGGACACCACGAACCAUGCUCAUACAAGAUGGCAAACUUAAUAAAUGUUAUGUGUGUUCUGAC